CCCCAGACCUGGGCAACCAGCACCUGGAGAGCUCCCUGACCCAACCCCAGGGGUCUCUGAGCCGCAAAUCUGAGCCCCCAAAGCCCCGUGGGACCGGGGGAGCUCCCCAAGAGUCUCUGAGAUCCCCAGGCUGGGGGUCCUGGUCCCCGUGAUCCCCUGGCUCCACUUCGGUGACUCCACAGCCCCCUGGAUACAGGGACCCUCUGCCCCACCUGGGGGUCCCAGAUCUGACCCCCCACCAUACCAACACUCCUGUCCCCACUGACCCCUCCCAUUCCGCAGGUUUCUAGCCCCCCUUUCCCUCAGACCCUUCCCCUUUCAGCCCCCCACCCCAGACACCCACCCGAGGGCACAAGGAGGGGACAAGGACACCCCCAGGCCACCCCCUGCCAUGUCUGAGCAGGAGGAGAAGACCCUUUGUGGGGACCAUGAGGGGACAUCCCCAGGAGUGACCCUCAGCGACAACCUCAUCCUCACCAGGAGCAGAUCCACGGAGCUGCUGCCCCCCUCCACCAUCCGCCUGGACAGGGAGAACAUCUCCUCCAUCGGGAAGCUCAAGGAUCAGGGAGGGAUCCACAGCCUCUACCUGCAGCAGAACAAAAUCGAGAGGAUCGAGAAUUUGGGCUGUUUUCCCAACCUGAGGUUCCUCUGCCUGGCUGGAAACCGCAUCCAGAGGGUGGAGAACCUGCAGCCCUUGCCUCACCUGUGUGCCCUGGACCUGUCCCACAACCUCAUCCAGGUGCUGGAUACAGGUGGGAAGCAGGAAGGGAUCCCAGGGCUGCCAGUGUGUGUGGAAUAUCCAUUCCCACCUUCCCUGCCUCCGUUUUCCCAGCUCUGGGGUUUCAGGGCUGCUCUGGGAGUCGCCUUGGGAGUGGGUGAAGAGCUGGGGGAGUUUGGGGGAGCAGGAAUUUGGCUGGGCAGGGGUGGGGGGCUCAGGUCCCACCUCAGCACCUUUGUGCUUCCUUUUGUCCUGGCAGAGGAGCUGCCCCAGAGCCUCCAAAUCCUGGAUUUAACGGGAAACGAGUGCACCCGGCAGCAGGGAUACAGGGAGCUGGUGUUGGGAGCGCUGCCCCACCUCCUGCAGCUGGAUGCCCAGCCCCUCCGUGGCAAGGAAGAGGAGGGAGGAGGCUCUUCCCGCGGCGAGGAUGAGGAUGAUGAGCUGCUCCCUGAGCCCGGCGGCCCUUUCACCGUGGACAGAGGUUUCUUCGCGGAUCUGCGCCGGGAGCUGGUCGGGCGCUCCCAGCGGAGGAGGAGGGAGACGCUGGAGGAGCACCGGGCGCGGCUGGAGGAGCUGCAGGAACGCCGGGAUCUGCUGCUGAGCCGGGAUCGGGAUGGAGCUCCCGACUCCGCAGCCCCGCAGCCCCGGCAGGGCCAUUCUCGGCCUCGGGCACAGCCAGGGACACCCCUCCGGGGAUCCCACGGGUCCCAGCGAGCUCCUGGUGGCGUCCAGUCCCGGAGAAAAACUCUGGAGAAGGAGACUGGUGCCAAAGGAACAGGGAAUAGGCAGUUAUCCCAAAUAUCCCGCAGCAGCGUGGCACAGCGUGGCCAGGAGUAAAGGUUUUGUUCCCACCCCAA